AAAAAGUAACCUUUUGGCACACAUAGCUCCCGUUGCUAACGGUCAACUUAAACGUCACCUACUUCUUACCCUCAAACCCUUGAGUACUAAGAACUAUCUUCAACUCCACAAAAUCGAAAAUCGCCACCUGGGUUUUCAAUUUCCGACCACGAUCGUCAUCCUCCCCAUUCUCCAACCUCGAAAAGGCGAAAAUGGCAGCUUUGGCACCGGGAAUUCUACUGAAGCUCAUGGACGGAAUGAACACAGGGGUCAAGCCCACCGGCGAGCACCGGAGCGCGCUUCUGCAGGUCACUGAUAUCGUGCCGGCGGACCUUGACGAGAAGAGUCUUUGGCCCACACAGGGCUUCUACAUAAAAGUCUCCGAUUCUUCCCACUCAAUCUACGUCAGCCUCCCCGCCGAACACAACGACUAUGUUCUCAGUAACAAAAUGCAGCUGGGACAGUUUAUAUAUGUCGACAGAUUGGAGCCCGGGUCGCCAGUGCCGGUGGUGAAGGGAGCCAAACCGCUCCCUGGCCGGCAUCCUCUGAUGGGUACACCGGAACCUCUAAUGGGGCUGAGGGAGAAGGGAGAGAGGAUCGAGCAAAUGUCGAAUUCAAAGCCUACUAGAAGGGGGUCUUGGGGAACAGGGCUUAAUGGAGCUGAUGGGGUUUCGUCUCCCAUGGUGUUAAAGCCGGUUCCUUUGGAUUUCGACCAGUGCACUCCGGUUAAAGAGCGUGGUGGAAGAAACGGGUCGAUGUCUCCGAUGAUUAGGGGGAGAGUGGGAAGAGAUGGAGGGUUGAAUUCAGGCGUUCGGUCUUCGUUUGGUGGUGGACUUUUGGCUAAGAUGGCGGAUUCGAAGGGAGGCGAAAGCCCUGCAUUGCGAAAAAGCUGUGUCAUGCCGUCUAUGUCGAAAUUUCCUAGGAGUAGAAGUGUGUCUGAUCAAGAGCCAAGGAUCCCAAUUAGUCCCUUCAACUCAGCUGAAAAAAAGAAGACCUCAACUCCACCACCGCGAAAUGCAAGAGUGGGAACUUCGCUCAGUGUGGCUGGAGAUGCUGCACAGAAAUCCUCCAACUCGAAGGACAUGAACACGAACUCUCAGCAGCAGCCUCAGCCUGGUAACUUGUGCAACGAAAACAGCACUAGCCUCUGCCUCCCCAUGAAUUUACCAGGAAGGCUCAGCUUGCUCGGCAAAGAAGCUGUGCAGCAUAGAGAGACUGCUCAGAAGAUUGCCCUUAAUGCACUCAGAGAGGCUUCAGCAACCGAUACCCUUGUUCGAUCUCUCAAGAUGUUCUCAAACUUAAGCAGAACAGCUAAAGCGGAUGCCCCAUCAGCCUGCUUUGAUAAAUUCCUCGAAUUCCAUCACCAAAUCGUCCAAUCAGUUAAUGAUAUGGUAUCGAUUCAAGCAGCUACUUCAGCUUCUGAAAUGACUCAGACUACUCCAAAAGUUAAGCAGCAGAAAGAUAAAGAUCAAGAUGAUGAAGACCAUUCCGUCUUGCACGAAAUUGUUCAAAACUCCGUGAACUCAAAAUUGAACCUAUCGAAAAGAAGGUGCGCUUUGUACAAAUCGGUUGCAGCCGUUCCUGAAAGAAGCGAGCAGAAAACGACAACGUUUGAGAAGCUCCUGAGAAGCUCUACACAUCAAAAGCCGAAAGCACCAUCCACUCCGCUUGGAAAGCUGAGCCUUGAAACCAUUGGUGAGAACGACGAAAACAAGAAACCGGCUUCUGCUAGUUUAAGCAGCUUAAGCAACACAAUCAGGUUGAGUGAGCAGAUAGAAACAGAAGCUGGGAACUGGUUUAUGGAGUUCAUAGAGAAGGCAUUGGAGACGGGGAUGAAGAAAUCAAAAGGCACGACAACGGAUAAAGAUAUCCGAAAAGUGCCUCAAUCUCUCAUUCUUAGAUUGAUCAAUUGGGUGGAAGUAGAACAGUGUGACAGCAGCAAGCGGCCUGUGCAUCCGAAAGCAGCGCAGUUGGCUCGAAAGUUGAGGAUCAAAGUGAAGAAUCCUUGAAGUGUUGUUUGUAUUAGCAGUACCAUUAUUUGUUGAAUUGAAUCUCUUAUUUCCAUAUGUUUACUAGCAUGUACACAGGUGGUUAGUAGAGGGUGUAGUGUAUUUUACUUGUGGAAGAAUACACGUGAAUAAAGUUGUGGAGGGAAUCCUAUUCCCUAGUCAAUUUGGCAUC